AUGAGCAAGAACCUGCUCUCGGUGCCACAGAUUAACAGCCAUGGCAAGUUUCAAGUCGUGUUUGACGGGUCCAAGAUGUAUGUAACUCUCAAGAACUCACAGCAAGUGGUGGCGACAGCGGAUCUCGUGGAUGGACUCUACUGGCUUCGGACGACUCAACGAUCAGCGAAUGUGACAACAAGUGGAACCAGUUGUGCCGAUCUACAUGCGAGAAUGGGUCAUGCUCCAGUCGAUGUACUUCGCAAGAUGAUCGCGACCAACAUGAUCAAGGAUUUGCGAGUCCCUCUCAAGUCGGGUGGAGCAACUACAUGUCGAGGAUGUCAACAAGGGAAAAUGGUCCAAAAACCAUUUCCAAGCAACCGAGACAAGCGCAGCUACGAUACGUUUGAGCUACUUCAUCUGGACAUCUGCGGGCCCAUGGAAAAGGAUUCGCUCGGUGGCAGCAAAUAUUUGCUGCUGAUCAUCGACGAAGCCAGUGGAUGCAUGAAGGGCUUUUGUCUACGAGUGAAGUCCGAGAGUGAAGAUUACAUCCGGAAAUAUAUCACCAUGGUACAGACGCAAUUCUGUAAGAAGGUCAAGCUCGUGCGACACGACGGAGCUCGCGAGUUUGCAACCAACUCGCUUCAACUGUUCUACGAGGAUGAAGGCAUUGAACAGCAGACGACGGUGCCGUAUGCACACCAGAACAACGGAACAGCAAUCGCGCCAUCGGGACUAUCGUCACGAUCGGCCGCAGCAUGCUUCACCAUGCCAAGUUGGACAAGUGCUUCUGGGCUGAAUUAG